CAAUGAGUACUGGACGGGAUUUUAAGUCCGCGCAAUUAGGUAAAACUUUGAUUCAGUGCCGUCUUGAAAAAUAGCCGAGACUUUAGGGAAUGCUCAAUAUUUAUCAGGAAGAGGAGAGAGAGAGAAGGGUUGAGAAUUUUAUACUUUGGUCCAGUGUUUUGGGAUUAAUCAGUUUCAUUUAUUUCUAUGUCUGUCUGACAUUGUGAACUGAAYCCCGCUCCAACCCUCUCUCUCCCCCUCAGAACCAAAAUCCUAGAUCCUUCCCUGUUAAGGCACUACUUUUAAAAAUGGAAGAUACUAGUCUUUAUGACCAAGCUCAUAAAUUUUGAGAGUUGUUGCGAUAGACUGGGUUCUAUACUGAACAGGAAUCCAACAGCGAAAGAUUUCAAACAAUUUUCAAAGACCGUAAACACUGGCAGUGAGGAAAGCGAUUGUACAUGCUCAGUAGUUAAAAAGUAAUCGGAAUUCAUGGGAUGUGGGGCUAGUACAACCGCUACUAAAGAACAAAACGGAAGUCCAGUCUUAACUAGGAUUAAGGACGAGCCUAAAGAUUCACCAAAAGAUUCGAAUUACGCAGAAAGCGGCCCCUGUACUAACAAGGAACGACCAAAUAAUUCUGCCACCACAGAACCAUCACUUUCAGCGCCAGUUGGUAAAUGGCAAGAAAAGGACGUCAUUUCUUGGGCCAAGAAAAUUGGCCUCAGUCAAAGAGUAAAAGUCGAAGCAUUUAGUCAAUUCAAUGGAGAUCUUUUAAUUGAGCUUUGGAAGUUAAAACAAGAGUGUCCAACUGUUUAUUACUCAGCUCUUGAGAGRGAUCUUGCUAUGGCUGGUCAAAUGGAUAUUCUUAAGUUUAACCGAGCGUUGUCAGCUUGCAUGACUAACUGAAAGACGUUUGGCUGUUCAUGGGACAACCUCGUUCCCCUAUAUUUUAUUUAUAUUAACACGUAAUUACUGCAGAGUCUUUAGUUCUACCUCUUCGUCAAUCAAUGUAUACCCACAAUGGGUACCCACAAUGCCUUAUAUUAAUUGUCACAUGGUCUUAUACCGAAAUACCCCGAGGUGUACAUCAAAGGCCCUAGACAAGAUGGUACCAUAUAUCUGUUGUUUUGGUGACCUUUGCAUAUCUUGAAUKUUGAACACUUGUUCCUGCGGUUCGAUUUUUUUUCAUACAAGUUACAAUAUCUAUCAUGGUUUCUCCUCCAGCCCUCUAGGCAAUAUAUAGAGGGAACUACAUGURUCUGUAGCAAUGAUCUUGUUAUUAUUUAGCUAUUUUCCAUUAUGCACUAUUACUAGCUAGCCCGACUUUACGCUGUUAGAGCGUCUAGUUCAGUCGAAAGACUGCGAGGUGUUAUUUCUUAAUAAACGUUAUAU